AUGAGCAGCUCAUCAGAAUCAAGAGGUGGGUUCAAUAAACCUAGGUCUGCAUCCACACCUCCCACAUCCAUUGCACCUAGUAGCUCCCCUCCCAAGUGUAGCUCUCCUAUUCCGUUAUGCCCGAAGACUCCUGUCGAUGAUCCUGCCCUUCAAAUUGAUGAGUUUAGCACUGUAGUGCUAAUGAAGAGUGGCCUCCGUGAUGAGGAUUGCCACCCACCUACAAAGAGACUCAAAACUCUUCAAACUACGUGGAACUUUACUCCUGAACCAUCAUCAGAAGCUACAAACUAUCUUAAUGAACGCAUGCUUGAACUGUCACGUAUCACUCGUCGGGCUAUCGCCACAAGAAUGCGGUACCGGCGUCUUCGCUCCCGUGAGCUAGAUCUCAUAAAGUCCAUUCUUGAAGAUGAACAAGACUUGGCACAAACACAGAUGAAGGGUAUUGAUGUGCAAAUAGGUUCUCUCUGCAACAUACUUCAGGAUGCAGGAGUUACAGUAAUAGGAAACAAAGGUUGUAGAUUUGAGCCUAGCGAUAUCGGGCCAUGGUGUGAAAGUUCUUCUGAUGAGUCGGAUGGACCUGGGCUGGCUCCAAUGGUCUCUAAAUCCCUUCGCAGUUCAGCAUGUACAUCAGAUUUGGAAGAAUAA